AUGAUUGCAGGCGACGCCCCUGCCGUUAUCCCGGACCGAAAGGAUGAACGGAGCGAUUUUGCACAUGGCGGAGACGAGUGCGCCAUCGCUUGGCAGGAUUGUGUGUGCACGGCAAGUGUUUCGGAAGAACAUGUGCAGAAAGCAAGUGAAGCCGCUACGCCUGCAGCGGCCGGGCCAAAUGGCGCCGAAGGCCCGGCGCUAGGCCCGAAGCAGCAGGCCCUAAGAGCGGCACACUUCAACCUGCCCUCCAGCGCCCCUAUCUGCACCCACGCCGCCGCCUCGCCUCGCCCGCAGCACCAAGGAUCGCCCGCAAAUUCUCCGAUGAAGCUGGUCAGCCGUGGUGACGGCCACAAACACCACGACCACCACUGGGUUGUCGACAAGUCAUGCAUAUACUUAGCUGUCACACGUCACGGACGCCCCCCCGCGUUAGGCGCCUCAUCCAGGGUCCCGAGUCAGGGCAGUGCUGCCGUGACAGGUGGUGGAGAAGGUUGA